AUGAGUGCCUAUGCUGCAUUAAAGGAUACUUCAUCGAUUGCGUCGAUAUUUCAUGAAGCUGAAGAUGGAGAGGAUACUGACAUAGUAAGAUAUGAAUUGAAUUCAUCUGAUGAAGAGGCUGAAAUUCCUACUAUUGUAGAUACAAAUUCUAUCCGUGCUUCUUCGGCACCCAAAGUAUCUUACAAACCUUCAAAUCUGAUUUCACAUUCAAGGUUCAUUCCAAGUUCAGAAAAUCUUAUAUUUGGGGAAGAUGAAGUGAUAAUUGGUUUGAAAGUUAACGAGUUCGUCGUACUAAAUGGUCAAUGUGAACUAAAUGUCCAAAGAGGUGCUGUUUUGAUGAACAAUCAUCAUUAUAUGUUUGCAGAACCCAUUUACUAUAAAAUAUUUGCUCCAGCAUCACAAUCUUUGCCUGUUAUUUCAAGUACACAAGUUUUGGACCGUUCCAUUGGAAUUCAGGAUACAAUGACACCCGAGAACUCACAUUUGUUCAAUAGUGAUUAUAAAUCUGUAAUUGUGCUACGAAAUUUUCAUACAGGUGCCGAAAACAUUGGAGAGUAUUACUCACCGUUCAAGAGACUAUUGUACAGCAAACUAAUUUUUGAUGAAAGCGAUGAAAUCGGAGAUUAUGAGAAAUUAUUUUUCAGAUAUUCUUUCGAGAUUAUACUUAGAGAUAGAGGUUUCAAUGCUUUAUAUUUGGAUAGGCCGUGGUCUGCAACAAUAGAAAGAUUGGGACACAGCAUGAACAAGCAACAGCUUCCAAAAGUAAUAAUGAUCAUCGGAAAUAAGAAUAGUGGCAAGUCUACAGCUUCAAAGGCUAUUCUUAACACUUUGUUAUUAAGAGGAGAUUCGCCAGUCUCGUACUUGGAGUUAGAUCCAGGACAACCAGAAUUUUCUUAUCCAUAUUCAUUAUCACUAAGAGAAAUAACUAAACCUGUUUUCGGAAUGUGUCUUCCAUCUUCUUCUUCGUGUUCAAUUGAAAAUACCGUGGAGCAUUAUUUCGGCUUCUCGUCUCCUAUUCAUGAACCGAAGCAGUACAUAAGGAUUAUAAAGUCACUAAUCAAGUCUUACAGGAAGUUACAUGCUUUGAAAGGAAACCAUCUUGUCAUUAAUACCCCAGGAUGGAUAAGAGGCUACGGAAAGGAAAUUUUGAUGGAAGUGACACAAAUUGUCAACCCUGACUUCCUAUUGCUACUAACGAGUUCUUUGGAUAAAGACCAUCCUGAUAAUUUAGAAAUACUUCAGAAUUUGCAUUACCAGAAUUUGGAUAUAUUACCUGGAAUUUUCAAUACUUCCAAAUAUUCUCCAUCACAAAUCAGAAACUUUUCAAAACUAUUAUAUUUCCAUCAACUUGAAGCAGAAAAGUUUGACUUCAAUGGCCAUAUACUAGACAGUUCACCCUUUCGUAUAUCCUAUGAGACUGUGAACUCUGUGGAAACAUUUACUGGUGUUAGCUCAUUCACAAUGUUAAACUUCGAUGUAGGUAAAGACUUCAACUACGAGGAUAUCGUAUUAAUGAUGGACUCCACUAUCGUGGGGGUCUAUCUUGUCGAUGCUGAAGUCCAUCAUACAAUUAAGAACUACAGACAUCCUUCAACACUACACAAUACUCUUCCACUUUAUCUAAAUUCUUCACAGUUCGUUGCUAUAGUAGGGGGAAACGACUCACAGGGAAUUCUAUAUAUGGGGCUAUCCAUGAUCCAUAGUAUAAAUCGAACGCUCAACUAUUUGAACAUGUACAUGCCAUGUCAAAAUUCUGAUAAGAUCAAGUCUCUCAUAGAACAUGGCUACACAGUAUAUUUGGUCAGAGGUGAAGGGGAAAUUCCUAGUUCAGAAAUCUUAAACCUGACACUUCUCAUCAAACAAAUCAGCUCCCAAUCGGCGAAGAGUAACAUUAUUCCAGUACCUUAUCCCUAUGUUUCCUUCGAGAAGAAGAGCAGGAUUGGAGGAAUAUGGAAAAUUAGACGCAAUGUCAAAAGAAGAGCAUACCAGUAA